AUGCUGGGUGAGAAUCUAUACCCGUUGGUGGAGCAGAUUGAGGCAGAGUCUGCAGCAAAAGUAACUGGGAUGCUUUUGGAAAUGGACCAGACGGAAGUGCUCCAUCUAUUGGAGUCACCAGAAGCUCUCAAGGCCAAAGUUGCAGAGGCUAUGGAUGUUCUAAGGAGUGUUGCAGCUGGUGGUGCAGCCGAGCAGCUUGCAUCCUUGAACCUCUCUUAACUUGUUUUACCAUUUGAUCUUGGCUGUUGUCUCUCGCAUACAAUUGGAGUUGUUUCUUCCGUAUUCGUUUUAUCAGGGGGAAUUUGUUUUCCUCCACAUAACUUCCACUUUUGUGUUGUUUUAAACCUUGUUUUUAAAAUCACCAAAAGAAAAACAUAUCUGCUUUGUUCUUUGGAUUUUACUU